UAUAUCCAGUACUUGUUAAAUACAACCCACUUGUAAAGAGCACACGGACCACAACCAGGCUGCAAAUCACCUUCACCAGAAAAUCAACCCGAAAAUGGUGGAACCGGUGAACAACGAGAACGAGGAGGAGCUUUCACUACUGUCUCCAAACAACAAAGGUGACGUGUCGUGGCAGUUAAACUUCGACGGGUAUCAGUUAUCACCCGAACGCAAAGAGAAAAAGCCGCAUCGCGGAAUUCAUGAUUGUUAUGGAGUUUUAGGUCCUGAAGAUGACAUAGCUGAGUACUAUCAGCAGCAGGUGGAAAUGCUCGAGGGCUUUAAUGAAAUGGAUGCUUUGGCAGAGCGGGGAUUUAUUCCUGGAAUGUCAAAGGAAGAGAAGGAAAUUUUGGCUAGAAGUGAGACCUUUGCAAUUAGAAUAUCAAAUUUUGCAAAUAUGGUUCUUUUUGUAGCUAAGGCUUAUGCAUCCAUCAAAAGUGGUUCAUUAGCCAUCAUUGCGUCCACUUUGGACUCUCUUCUUGAUCUUUUGUCUGGCUUUAUCCUAUGGUUUACUGCAUUCUCUAUGCAAACACCAAACCCUUAUCAGUAUCCCAUUGGAAAGAAACGCAUGCAGCCUUUGGGGAUUCUUGUUUUUGCCUCUGUCAUGGCAACUUUAGGAUUGCAGAUUAUAUUGGAAUCAGUGCGCGCGUUGCUGUCUGAUGAGAGUGACUUUGAUCUGACCAAGGAGCAAGAGCGCUGGAUUGUGGGCAUUAUGCUAUCAGUGACCUUGGUGAAACUUGUGCUGAUGAUUUAUUGUCGCUCCUUUACUGAUGAGAUUGUCAAAGCUUAUGCCCAGGAUCAUUUUUUUGAUGUUAUUACCAAUACCAUUGGCCUUGUUGCGGCACUUCUUGCUAAUUACAUGGAGUACUGGAUGGAUCCUGUUGGUGCUAUAGUUCUGGCCUUGUACACCAUUCGCACAUGGUCAAUGACAGUGUUGGAGAACGUGAAUUCUCUAGUUGGGAAAUCCGCUACACCAGAUUAUCUACAAAAACUCACAUACCUUUGCUGGAACCAUCACAAGGCCAUUAGACACAUUGAUACAGUUAGGGCUUACACCUUUGGGUCUCACUAUUUUGUCGAGGUUGACAUUGUCCUGCCUUCGAGCAUGCCCUUGCGGGAGGCUCAUGACAUUGGGGAAUCUUUGCAAGAGAAGCUCGAGCUUCUGCCAGAGAUUGAGCGUGCCUUUGUUCAUCUUGAUUAUGAAUACACCCACAAACCUGAGCAUGCACAGUCUCACUCGUAGUCAUAUAUGGUUUUAGGUUAAUAUGAUCUCUUCAUUGCCAUGCUUUGGUCUGUAUUUUGCUUCAUCUUCCAACAUGAUCCACCGUGCAUGGAUCCAUGCAAGCUAAGCCUGAUGGAGAAAGUAAUUGCUGACAGAGUUGUAUGCAAGAAGUAUAUCCCGUCAGUUGGCACAAAUGUUUUUCAAAUUGGGAAACUUUGAAGAGCUUAAACGGGAGACAAUAGAUAAGUCUCGUACUGCAGUUUACUGCCGGAUUCCCUGUUUGAGAAUGAAAGAUUUGUAAUGAUAUAGCCAGUAGGCCUACUGUAUUCUUGGGCCGGUCAUUAUGUGAACGAACGACCUGUUUCCAGACCUAUAUAUGAAAAAUGAGGUUCUCUUAUUAGC